AUGGCAGCAUUGACUCUUCAUCAUCAUCACUCGUGUCUUCAAGCGUCUGGACAUCUGUCACGUCGUCUAUAUCACCCAGUAUUCUCGAGCUUUCCACGGAAUCAUGUCAAAGAUCUCAACUUUCGUCUAAAUCCUACCGAUUUCUCGAGUUUUUCUUUGUCUACACGCGGCACUGUGUUUGCUGUAAGAGCUCUGAGUACAACAGUCGUGGUGGAAGAGUCGCCGGAGAAGAAGAAGAUGGUGAAAGGGAUUAGGGUUUACGAGCAUGGCGGUCCUGAGGUUAGUAAAGUUUCGAUUUUGAAGGUCCAGGUCGGAUUUGGAUUACCUAUAAGCUUCAGCUUUUUGCAAUGGGGUUUCCAGGUGAAAGGUUUUGGAUUUGAGCUCGAGUCGAAAUUGAUGGUUCUGAAAUGGGAAGAUGUGGAAGUUGGGGAACCAAAGGAGGGUGAGAUACGAGUGAAGAAUAAGGCGAUCGGGCUUAACUUCAUUGAUGUUUACUUCAGGAAAGGUGUUUACAAGCCAGCUUCAAUGCCCUUCACACCAGGUAUGGAGGCUGUUGGAGAGGUGGUAGCUGUUGGGUCGGGAUUGACUGGCAGAAUGAUCGGUGAUCUCGUUGCUUACGCUGGAAAUCCGAUGGGUGCGUAUGCUGAGGAACAAAUCCUUCCAGCGGAUAAAGUGGUUCCUGUUCCUUCUUCUAUUGAUCCUAUCCUUGCAGCAUCAAUCAUGCUCAAGGGUAUGACUGCACAGUUUCUCCUUCGCCGUUGCUCGAAGGUCGAACGUGGGCACACAAUCCUUGUUCAUGCUGCAGCUGGUGGAGUUGGUUCUCUGUUGUGUCAAUGGGCAAAUGCGCUCGGAGCCACUGUCAUUGGAACUGUCUCGACCAAUGAGAAAGCGGCUCAAGCCAAAGAAGAUGGAUGUCACCAUGUUAUUAUGUACAAGAACGAGAAUUUCGUUUCCCGGGUCAACGACAUUACAUCGGGUAAAGGAGUUAAUGUUGUUUAUGACUCUGUGGGAAAAGACACCUUUAAGGGAUCAUUAGCAUGUUUAAAAAGCCGGGGAUACAUGGUGAGCUUUGGGCAAUCCUCGGGAUCUCCAGAUCCUAUUCCAUUAUCUGACCUUGCUCCAAAAUCUCUCUUCUUGACAAGACCUUCCAUGAUGCAAUACAAUGAAACUCGGGACGAGCUCUUGGAAUGUGCAGGAGAGGUUUUCGCCAAUAUAACAUCCGGCAUCUUAAAGGCUCGUGUGAAUCACAAGUACCCGUUGUCUCGAGUCGCUGAUGCCCAUGCAGAUCUUGAGAAUAGGAUCACCUCUGGCUCCGUGGUGCUCUUGCCGUGAAAACAUAUACAAUGAUGUUAGUAUCUCUUUCAAUAAGGGCAAUGAGAUUCCUUUGUGAUGGAAAGAUAUUAAAAAUGUACCUUCUGGUCCUGGACCUGAAUGACAGACAAUAUGAGAAUACAAUUAUCUUUGAGAAAA